UGGAACUUUAGGGAAUUUGCCAACUACGGCAUGUUUUUAGCAUGAUAAAUACAUGAAAUAGGCAUUUUUAGCAGAAAUUGGUUUACCUCGAAUUCAUUUCUAAGGACAAUUGUGAAAAUAUCGUAGAAUUGAAAGAAAAUUAGCCACAUUUUUCAGGUGUGCUUGCUGACCAAACCACGAAGAUGUCUGGUUCUUACACAAUUGGAGGCGUUUCUGGUCUUCUGUCUUCAAAGAUUAAGAAGAAGAAGAAGAGUGAAUUGGAUACCUUAUUUAGCUCUGUGUCUCCGUACAGACCAGUACUCACAGCAUCGAUUCCAAUUACAGCAGAUGAAGUAAAGAUAACAACACCUCCAAAGCCUGCAAAGAAAAAGAAAAGGAAAUCUGAACCAAGUCCACUGCCUUCUGAAAAGGAAGCUGUUAGUCCAAAGAAGAAGAAAACUAUGACAGAGGCCAAGGUAGUGAAUGGAAAGGAAAGAGUUAAAAAAGGAAAAGAUGAAAAACGUGUAUCGGGUGGAUUUUGUCCCCCUCCCGGUAUUGUACAUGAGUCACUGAUGGGUGACACGAAAAAGAAUAAGAAGACAAGAGUUGAAGAGAGGGAAGAGGCUUUGGCAGGCUCGACGACUUCUUCAAAGAAGAAGAAAAGGAAGAGAGGCCAGGAGGAGGAUGACGAGGAGGAAGAUCAAGAGGCAGCACCCAAGAAAAAAAUCAAGAUAAAGUGGGAGAAAGAUCCAACAGUCGAUGCUAAAACCAUCUUUGUUGGAAACUUACCUGUGACCUAUGAUACAAAGGCCGUAAGAAGACUAUUCCGUAAAUAUGGGAAGAUUCAGUCAGUUAGGUUGCGGUCUGCUACUCCAGCUAACCUUACACUGCCAAAGAAAGUAGCUGUGAUAAAGCAAGAAUUCCACCCGGACAGAAAAAGUAUAAACGCAUAUGUUGUGUUCUCAGAAGAGGAGGAAACCAAGAAAGCCUUGAAAAAGAAUGGAAGACUAAUAGAUGGACAUCAUAUCAAGGUAGAUCUAGUUGGCCAGGAAUGUGAACAUGAUCACAAGAAAUCAAUAUUUGUUGGAAAUUUACCAUUUGCCAUCUUGGAUGAUGAGUUAUGGGAAUGCUUUGAGGAAAUUGGCAACAUAAAGAGCGUACGAGUUGUGAGAGACAGUAAGACUGGAAUGGGAAAAGGUUUUGGUUAUGUGCACUUCAAGGAUACCACCUCUGUGGCCCUGGCGCUGAAGUUGAAUGGAAAGAAGUUCAAAGAACGCAACAUUCGAGUUACAAGGUCCCGGGCAGAGAAUAGAUUACAGAAAGAAAUUUCAUUAACCUCUGAGAAGAGACCUAAGAAGAAGAAGAAAUUCAGUAAACCGAGUAACGCGGCAGCCGGAAGUUUCCAGGGCCAGAAAGCUUUGACAGAUGAUGAAAUCAAAAAACUUAGGAAGAAGAAGAAGAUGGCUCGGAGUGGUGUACAUGGAAAAGGCAAGAAAGCCAACGUGCUGAAUGCUAUGUUACGUUUAAAGAAACGGCAAGGUGGUGGAGCAAAAGGUGAUGCUAUGAGUGCUACACCACCUAAGGGUGGGAAGAAGGAUAAGAAUGGGCUAGGGUCAGGGAAAAAGAAUAAAAUAAGACUUGGAAAUGGUAAAAAGAAUAAAACGGGAUUUGGAAGUGGUAAAAGGAAUAAAAUGUUACCUGGAAGUGGUAAAAAGAAUAAAACAGGACUUGGAACUACUGGUAAAGGUAUUAAAAAAGGACUUGGAAUAGGUAAGAAGAAGAAGAUGAAGCAUGGUAAAAAAUAAUGAGAUACAUGUACCUGUAGAUGUUUGGAGAGAUAUUGUUGUUCUUAUGUAUUCUACAUCAUGAUGUGAAAUUUGCAGGCAACGAUUGUGAAGAUGUUGAAUGAUACUGGUUGUGGAAA